AUGAUAAUGUGUCUAAAUGAUUUCCAGCCCCUUUCUGAUCUUGUUCCUUUUUUUUUUUUUCCUCUGCUUUGCACCCCCACAGAAACCUUUGAUUCUCUGAUGAGGCAGGCAGAGAAUCACACCAAUGCCAUCCUCCAGGUGUCUUACCAGAAGUUGGCCGUUGAGGCUGCCGGCCCCGUGGGGGAGCUCUUCACUGACAUCGGUCUUUUCCUGCUGGGCUCUGAGCUCAACGUCGAUGAGUUUGUGCAGCGGUUCUUUGACUCCCUCUUUCCCCUGGUCUACAAUCACUUUCUAAACCCAGACCUCCCAGAGAUAUCAUCAGGCUACAGUGAGUGUGUGAGGUCAUUAAGCCGCGAUCUGAGGCCUUUUGGUGGGGCGCCAGGCCUACUUGCUGAUCAGGUUGCUCGCUCUGGGGUCUCUGGGAGGCUCCUGCUGCAGGCACUGCAUCUUGGCAUCGAGGUCAUCAAUACCACAGACCACUUACAGCUGAGCCGCGAGUGCAGGCGGGCCUUGCUCAAGAUGCACUACUGUCCUCACUGCCAGGGAUUAACCCAGUCCAUGCCCUGCAUGGGCUACUGCCUGAACGUGAUGCGGGGCUGUUUGGCGAGCGUAGCGGAGAUCGACCCCCACUGGAGGGAGUUUGUUCGCUCGCUGGAGGGUCUCUCAGCCAGGAUGCACGGAGCACAGGAUUUGGAGCAAGUGCUGCUGGGAGUUCACAUGCUGCUUCACAAUGCCGUCGGACAUGCUCAGAAGAAUGGACCCCGUCUGGCUGCACAGGUUCACAAAGUGUGUGGCCAGCCAAGCAGUAAGCCAGCACAGUCUGUCAGCAUUCAGCACAGCAGCAACAGAGAAUCCAUCCCACUUAAAGCUCCCAUCAGAGUGUCAGGAGACUCAUUGGCCAGCAGAAGGAGGGACUUUUUGAAUAGUCUACGGCUUUACCUCACAUUCUACGGUGGCCUGGCGGAUCAGCUGUGUGUGACUGAACUUGCAGCAGGGGAUGGUCUGUCCUGCUGGAAUGGAACCAGCAUCGUCAAAAGGUUUGUUAAGACUCCCUAUUUUGCACUGAUCCCCCCCCCCCUCUCCCACCUCCACUUGGACGUCUGCCUCCAGCAUCUGGAGCAGAUUGGGGACGCUGUGCUGUGCCAGCUAAUGAAGGUGAUGAUGACAUGCAUGAGUGCUGCAUACGUUCACCAUCUGCUCGCUUCCACUAUGCUGGAGCUAGCUGCUCCACACCAUGCUGCAGAGGGGAGUCUGGGCACGUCUGCGGCGGGGUGCGAUUGUCCCAUGACGCGAGUGAAAGACCGCCGCCUGCAUCGAGAUAACUCGCUCUACACACUCCGUGUUGUUGGCAAUGGAAUCAGAGCCCAGAGUGUCAACCCUGAAGUCAAAGUGAAGGAAGCGGACCCGGUAAUAAACCAGAUAAUUGACAAACUGAAGCACAUCAAUCAGGGGAAGUCCAUUCCUAAACUUGGGUCCCUGGAUCAGAUUGAAACGGGAAGUGGCGAUGCAGAGGGCCGUUACAGCGGGGAAUGUGAUGAUGAGGACGGUUGUGCAGGCUCAGGUGGUGGAGAGGUUAAAAGGAAAGUCUCCAGAGUCUCUAAAUCUCUCUGGAUUCCUCCUGUCCUCUCUCUACUCUCCAUCAAACAUGCUAACAACCUGAUUAAUCACCUCUUUCAUUUUGCCUACGGCGACUACAAGGAAGUGGGGGUCAUCUAA